AUGGCUAUCGCCAAUCCUGAGGCUCGCUUCCCUAGAGACCAGGAGCCCCGACGCUUGUCUCGCCAUGCACUGCGGAACCUCGCCGACAACGACCACAGUCACAAUUACCCUUAUUGUUGGGGAUUCACGAUUUUCCGCACUGUCUACACACCGGACUCCGAUGAAGCUGUCGCUACAGCUCUUGAUCGCCUGAGCCGUUACGCAAAGCAUUUUACCGACAAUGAGUCUAUGCCACCUCGCAUCAAUGAUCCUUACGAUCCGUUACCAAACCAAGACCUCUGGAGUCGCUACUACAGCGAAGUAAUUGAGGAUGAGAAAACUCUGUCCAAUGCGUCCGUGGAUGAAGUUGGCCAUAUAUUUGAUAAAUGGAUCAAAGCGAACCGCACACCCGUUGACUACGCCAAUCAGCGCUUCCACUUCCCACACGGUAGAUUUCGCUUCUGCUUGAUGUUAGAUCAAGAGAGCAUCGAUAAUAUUCUGGCCAUGCCUGAUGACCCACGAACACCUCUCAAGUUGGAUCGGCAGAAGCUGUUACGCUGGGUAAAGAUUGUAACAAACGAAACGAUGCGCGACGGUCGGCGCUGGUGGUUACGCGUCAGCAUUGCCGAGUACCUGUGGCCACUAUGGUUUAUGUGUUUUGACCCAGAUGCAAUGAUCGAGGAGAUGGGAUGGGUGGAUGAGAACGAAGGGAUUCAGAAUCUCUGGGGAAGUCCGGAAGUGAUGCGUGAGUGA